CUAGCCUUCACCAGCUGCACUUGUCACGCGAGUCCACAUUUGAAAAAGAAAUCUAGUUUGAUUGCAAUCAUGGACAUCGAGAACGACCUUGAUCGAACACCGAGAAUUGUAGCGUCCACUGUGAACCGAGAGAUUGACCCAGUGACAGGUGAAGUGAUCCCGGACGUGAACAUCUACCAGCAGAAGAAAAAUCUAUCCCAGGGGAUGAUGGAUCUUGCUCUGCUGUCGGCAAACGCUAACCAGUUGCGUUACCUGCUGGAGACAUUCUCCCGCCAUCCGUAUUACUAUUUCAGUCUGGUCUUCAUUUCGUUGAGCUUGAUCAUCCAGGUUGCGGUGGGAGUUGGUUUGAUCAUGAACAGUCGGUACGACGUGAACGACCGACGGGAGAUCUGCAAAGCGAACCGAAUCAACAAUAUGGUCACAAUUGGGAUUUUUUUUAUCACGCUGGUCAAUGUGCUCAUAUCGGCUUUUGGAGUGGCACCCCGAGUGAGCUGAGGGUGUGCCCUGAGAUUCCUUUUGUGAUAAGCAUAGGUUUUCGUGUGGCGAUCUCGUUGUUGUGAUAGUAAUUAUUGGCAUAAACUUGCGUUUACGAAUUGCGUAUUGUUGAUUGGAGAUGAGAUGCUUCGUGCUUCGGAUUGAAAAACAAUUGAAUGCAAUUAUUCACACCAGCGUAUUAAGUGUCAGUUCCAACUCGUUUUGAAUAUGAUUAAGAUGUUAGAUAUUAAUCCUGCUUUGUUGUAAUUUUUGCAUUUGCUUUUCGAAUAAAUGCUCAUCCUAUUGAAUACGGACUCAAUCAAAGAAUUACAUUUGAUAUUCCUGAAUUCCCGCAAUCCGCAAAGGCUGUGUGUUAUAGAUUUCCCACAAUAAUCUGUUCAUAACAAAUUUCACUCUACCGUUAGUAAAUGUACGGAGAGAUCGUGCCGAUUCUAGGAAAAAAACAAAAGCAUAGUUUUUAUAGGUACCGUUUUGUCUCAAAUUCCGAACACUUAAGCUUUGAUGGCAUUUAAACAGUGUCACAUUACACAAAAUGGUACUCAUUCGCAAAAUUAAUUUUAUUUUUGGAUACAAUGGAGCCUUAUUUUUCAUUUGACUACAAAAAAAUGAUUUACAAAUAUGUUUUCAUGAUGAAAAACUGAAAAUUACAUUAAUCACAUUUGUCCGAAAUUCCGAACACCAUUUUUGUCACUGACUCAUAUUCCGAACACUUUUGUCUCAAAUUUCGAACAGCAAAAAUGCAAAAAUGCAUUUUCAAUCAUAACUUUUAAACUAUUGAACUGAUUCAUUUGAUCGAUGUACCAAAUUAAAGUCAAUUAGCUAGUCUUUAUUGAAAAAUAUUAUGCUCGCAAAAAAAUUGGAUUUUGCAUUUGUAAUUAUUGAUUGUAUUUGUUUCUUAUAGUUUAUAUGGUUUCGGGACCAAGGGUGCUAUAUUGGUAUCGAUACCUGUAAAUGAUGUCAGAAUGAAGUCUAUAACCUAAA